GCAUGCGCCUGCGAGACUCUUGCCUCGAAAAGGCUCGCGACGCAAGAAAGCGGUGUGUGCGCAGUAUUUGCAGGGCACGUGCCGCUGCUUUUAGCUAGGUGGUGAAAAGAGGGCAACGCAAAUGGCGGUUGUCGUACGGCUCCAGGGCCUGCACAUUGAGGCAGGUCCUGGAGAUAUCCGUGAAUUCUUCAGCGGUUUGUAUAUACCUGAAGGCGGAGUGCACAUUGUUGGCGGAGACCUCGGAGAAGCGUUUAUAAUAUUUACCAAGAGGAGCGACGGGCAGCUGGCGCUUCGGCGGACGGGCGCCAUCCUCAAGGGCUCUCAGGUGGAGCUCUCGCUGAGCAGCAAAGCGGAGCUGCAUCAGAAGUUGGCAUCCUGUUUGAAAAGGUGCGAGCCGUUGAAGAUGGGCCGUAAAAGGAAGCACGCGGACGCACCGGAUGCCGCUGUGACGCUUCUGCUCAGCUUGGUUUCAGCUGUGGGAUCGCUGCAGAAGAAAAAACCAGUAGCACCCGAGGGACCGCCGUCGCCAGACAACUGUGCCAAGAGCUCUUCUGUGUCUAAUUCCAUCGAGACUCUUGCGGCGCCACGAGGGGAGGCGUCCCCGGCGCCCUCUCGGAAUACGCGAUACCUAAGUCUCCGUGGUCUGCCCAGAUCCGUCACGAAGCGUGAGAUUUGCAGCUUCUUCAAAAACCUGGAGGUCAAGGAAGUGAUUGUGAACAUAAGAACCGAUCGAGGCUACGUAUGCUUGGUGAAGUUCGCCAGCGAACAGGAUUCGCGCGAAGGGCUGAAGUACGACGGACAAAGCAUGGGACCGUUUUGUGUUGAAGUGAGCGAGGCGACGGAGGAUGCGUGGUUUAAUGCGGUUGACGUGUGUGAAAAGUCAAACAAAUGUCAGAGGAAGCCCUCAGCCACCCGUGUGGGGGGGUCGCCGAAAAGGCACGACUCGGAAUUGGUGUCACCAAGCGGUGAACACUCUUACUCCGUAAUGGUUCAAAAUCUACCCAGGAGAACAACAAAAACGGAGAUUAAACAGCUAUUUAGGUGCAAUUAUGUUCCCAACAACCAGGUUUUGCAUCUGCUCGAUAACCAGGGCAACAGGACUGAUACAGCAUUUAUCACGUUUGACCGAAAGGAGGAUUACUUAUCUGCGAUGGAACUCAACGGGUGCAGCUUCUUCUCCCGGACGAUUAGCGUUUCUCCAAUUGCGAAGGAAUAUAUGUUAGCAAUGAUUAAAAAAAGGGCAGUGCGUCCUCCCAGGUGCAUUGAUAAGUAUAGGGAUGAUGGUCCAAGGGAGGAAACGUACCUGUAUAUGAGAAAUCUCCCCGCCGACAUCCGCAAAAUUGAAAUACAAGACUUCUUCCGCAGCUUCGACCUUACAGAGGAGUGCAUCACUCUGCUCCGUGACAGUUGGGGCAUGUGCAUUGGCGAGGCUAUUAUCAGGUUCCGAUCCAAGCAUGCUGCUAAAAUAGCUGAAACUAAGAAUGGGAGGUGCUUCCUGGGAGUGCGUGUAUUACUGUCAUGUAUAAACAUGCAGCAAGUGGAGGAGCUGCUACACAGGCAACGCUGAAAAGAUGUAAUCUGGCAUUAUUAAUUGUUGCAACAUAUGCUUUUGUGGAAAGUUCACUGCACCGCUCCUGGCCUUAAACUACAACUGGUUAUAGUGCUGGGUAUUUUUGCUAACGCAAUUAAAGUCUACAUACCUAUAGAUGCUACAUCCAGGACACCACUGGGACUUAAACCAGCAAUUUUGUGGCUACAGGUGUAGGGUCUCUAUGCCCCCUGCCUUACACUUCUUUCAUAAUAACACCAUGGAUGGAUUUUCUAACAUUGCUUGCUAAAAUGGGAAUCUAUGUGGCUUGAGGAUCUUUCAUUUUUGUAAAAUCAGUUUACUCCUUAGCUGCAUCAACCUUGAAGUUAUGGUUUUCUCCAGUGACUAGGCAGAUGUGGAAAGGGGUUAUUUUUAAAGUAUUGAAUGUUCUUCAGUGAACAAAAUAAUAGUAUUCAAAGAGCUUCUGGAGCAGCUUAUGUGACUAAUGGCACGUUUCUAUCAUGUCAGGAUGGUUUUGCUUUUCUUGUUCAGAGAACAUACAGCCAAUGUCUUUUUUCAGCAUUACACAGGUCAAGGUGAGACAGACACAAAGAAUGUAAGGGGAACGUAAGCUAUAAAAUAUUUUUUUUUCUACCAAAGGAAAUGUGCCUUUUUGCAAAAAAUGGAAGCUGUUGAAUACUGAAAAUCUAUUGUUGUUCAUAUGCUUAACAUUGACAUAGAUGUGUUCCCAUUAAGGACCCAGAACACUUGUUAUGGGGUUUAAUGAUGACAAUGUCACCUUUUGAGACUUUUUUUUUUUUUUUUGGUUAGUUAGCACAUAGAAACAAUUGAUUUGCUUUUUAAAAUCAGAUUAAAAUGGUACACUUUUUUGUAUGGGUGAAUAACACUUCAAGAAAAUGUCACUUGGUGUAUAGUGAAUAACUGACAGCUGUAUUAAAUAUUUUGCCACCUUUAAGGUGGAGUUACUGGUCAAGAUGUCAUUUUUAGCAAAAAAAAGAAAACCUAAUAAAAAAAAUUAAGCACUGAUACUUUUUUCUUCCCACUGCAAGAAGAAAAUAGGAAGAAACACAUCUAAUUUGGAAAUCUGCAGCUCUGAUGGACACAGAACUAGUAUACCAAAGCUGUAAUGGAGAUGGUGCCUGAUUUACAAUGGUUUGACUUGCAAUUU